GAGUUGGACCAAACUCUAAAUAUAGCUCAACCCACUUUCCAUGCAGUUUUCUUCAUACUCUGAUGGCAGAUGACCUUGUCAGAAAACUGACCUCCCAGCAUGUCACUCUUUACAAAGAGAGGAUCUAAAGGAACAGGAUUGCAACGUAAAAGGACAGAAAAGCAAUCAACCAUCUGCUUGCUGCAAAUGAAUGUAGAUCCUGCAGGUGAUGAAGCUAUUGAGAAAGUAAGUGGUAACAAGAGAACCCAUCAAGAUUCAGAUUCCAAACCUGCUGUGACAAAGAAAAGAAAGAAGCCUACAGAGUGUUUUCUAAGUCAGCCUGAAGAAAAACAAGAGAGCACUGUAAAGACAAAGAGGAGAAAGAAGAAGAAAAUUUCUGAUAUUCUGGAAAAAUCUGCUCCAAAACCCGGUGUCCCUGAAGAUCUACAAAAUCUGCUGAGUCGACAUUUUGGUGAAAACCGUUCAGUGAUUGAAAUAGAGGAAUUAAAGCUGUCAGAUUCCUGUUUUUUGCCAGCCAAUGAUCUCACCCACAGUUUUUCUUCGUACCUGAAGGAAAUCUGUCCUAAGUGGGCAAAACUCCGUAAAAACCACAAGGAAAAGAAGUCGGUGGUGAUGCUGGUCAUCUGCAGUUCUGCCCUUCGUUCCUUGGAACUCAUCAAGUCAAUGACAGCAUUUAAAGGAGACUGCAGAGUUCUCAAGUUGUUUGCAAAGCACAUAAAGAUAAAAGAACAAAUGAACAUGUUGGAGAAAGGCGUGUUCCACAUCGGGGUUGGAACUCCUGGGAGAGUAAAAGCACUAGUGGAGCAAGAUGCCCUGUGCUUGAACUCCACAAAAUAUAUGAUUCUGGAUUGGAACUGGAGAGAUCAGAAACUAAGGAGAAUGAUGGAUAUCCCUGAGAUAAAGAAAGAAACAAUUGACCUACUGGAGAUGAAUAUCAUAAAGCUGUGCAGAGAGGGGUCUGUGAAGCUGGGACUCUUUUAAGGGUCAUUUGCAGUUGCAUUUUACUAUUACCUUGUCUGCAGUUGGCAAGUGAUUAACUGGUGACGGAAUCAAGUUUUGAGUUUAGCAAUACAAAAGAAGGCACAUGGCAACUUUUUCUGAGUUUCCUUUUCUUUUAAUAAUAAAACAGAAAAUUUAUUUGUAUUUUUAGUGUGAUUUUUAUUGCAGGAACAAUGUGAUGUUGAAAUUAAGAGUAAUAUUGCAUUCACCUGCUAGAUUUACUACUGUAUGUCACUUUUAAAACUUCAAAGAUGAGUAAACUUGUGUGUGAAAGUCUUUGUACAACUUGGUUUUCUGUUAUCACUGUCUGCUAUUCCGAAGGAGACAUUUAGAAUCACAGAAUGGUUCAGAUCGGAAAAGAUCUUUAACGUCAUUGACUCCAACUGUUAACUUAAUGCUUAAGGACAUCCACCAUGUCCUUAAGCACCACAUCUGUAAUUCUCUUAAAUACCUCCAGGUAUAGUGACCCAACAUCAUCCCUGGACAGCCAGAAGACUACUGUAGACUAGCCCCAGACCCUGCACUGCUUGCCUGGGCCAACUAGCCAGAGCCCUACAACACUUGCCCUAGUUGGCCAGCCAGAGCCCUGUACCACUUGCUCCGGCUGCAAGAUCCCUGCACCGUUUACUUUUCUCCUGCGAGUGGAAAUGUAGUUCUUGCCCCUGAGGGUCUUUGAAAAAGUUGUCUAGAUUGCAGUAAUUUGUCAAAAACAUAUUUUACAGCUAUCU